AUGAGAGAUAGGCUAUCAACCGGGAGUAGAAUGGUUCAAUGGAAUGCAAACGUUGACGCCUCUUGUAUCUUCUGUCAAAUACCUAUGGAGACAGUGGGUCAUCUUUUCUUUGAGUGUCAAUUCUCUGAGCAGAUAUGGAGGAAUCUGGCGAGAAGUGUAAUGAGGGAGAGAUACACAUCAAACUGGUCUGAGAUAAUAAGGGUCUUAAUGGAUGAGAAGCAAGAUAAGCUUCAACUCUUCACUAUCAGAUAUCUAUUCCAGGUAUCGGUUCAUGGAAUUUGGAGGGAAAGAAACAGAAGACGACAUGGAGAGACAGCUUCCCCCCCUGAUCUCUUAGCCAAAUUGUUUGAGAAGACUAUGCGAAACAGAUUUUCGAUAGCUCAGAGGAGGAAGGAUAAGAAGCUUGAGGGUGGGCUUCAAUUCUGGUUUUCGAACAGAUAG